AAAAAAAAAUCCUCCCAUACGGUAGUGCUAACCGUAGCCAUUCUUUUAUCUAAAUUCUACUCUUUCGUUUCGUAGUUCUAGGUCCAUCAUCACGUUCAUCAUGAGGUUUUGCAACGACAUACUGGGCGGCCUGGUCAUGGCCGGGCUCGCUGUAGCCGAUUUCCCGAUAGCAAAGUUCCGAAAUGUCGUGUAUUUCGACCAAUAUCACACAACCACCCUGCCAGACAAGAGCGUGACGGGUGGCAUAACCCACGUGGUCAUGGCCUUCGCCAACUCGUCCCUCUUCGCCCCUGGGACAGCAGGUCCUUAUGAGCCGUUCAAGCCAGUGAAAGACGUCCGCGCCAUGUUCGACGACAAUGCCAAGGUCGGCAUCGCCAUCGGCGGUUGGGGCGACUUAGCUGGGUUUUCAGCCGGUGCCGCGACGCCAGAGUCACGGACCACCUACGCCCACAAUGUAGCCAAGAUGGCCGCAGACCAUGGUUUCGAUUUCGUGGACAUCGACUGGGAGUAUCCGGGCGGAAACGGCGCAGACUACAAGCAGAUUCCCAACGAGAACAAGACCUGCGAGAUCACCUCAUUCCCACUGUUUCUCCAGGAGAUCAAGAACGCCAUCGCCCCUAAGCCCCUUUCCAUCGCCGUCCCCGCCUUGGCUCAUGACAUGAUCGCCUACACCCCAGCCCAGUCAGCCGCCAUCUUCAACGCCGUAGACAUGGUCAACCUGAUGUCCUACGACAUGAUCACCCGCCGCGACAAUGCGACUCUACACCACUCCUCCGUCACCGGAUCCCUCGAGUCCGCCAAGCGGUACAUAGACCUAGGUCUGCCCGCCUACAAGCUGAACCUCGGCAUCGCGUACUACGCCAAGUACUUCCAGACCCCCGAGGGCGUAACCUGCAACGAGCCCGUCGGCUGCCCCAUCGUUAAGGGCGAGAACGACGACGGCAGCGACGCUGGUACCUCCGGCGCCAUCACCUUCGAGCAGGCUAACCUGCACCCUCCCGCCGCUCUCACGAACCUGACCGACACGCCCGACGGCAGCUGCGGCGCCGGCACCUCCUUCGGCUGCUCCGGCCCCAAGGCCGAGGGCAACUGCUGCUCGACCGCCGGCUUCUGCGGCGCGACUCCCGCCCACUGCGGUCUAGGAUGCCAGGGCAACUUCGGCAAGUGCCCGGGCGCCGACAUCACGACGCUCUUCAACAAGGCGCUCGAGAACGGUAAGGUGGACGAGAAGGAGGGCGGCAUGUGGUACUGGGACAGCGAGGCGCGCGUGUUCUGGACCUGGGACACUCCCGAAUUGAUCAACCGCAAGUUCACCGACGUCCUACAGCCCCUCGGCCUCGGCGGCGUCAUGGCCUGGAGUAUGGGCGAGGACAGCGCUGACUGGAGCCACGUAAAGGCUGUCAGCGACGUCGCUAAGAAGGCUCGCGCCCCCCUCGGCAUCGAGAUCGGCACUGAGAUCGGCCUCAACAAGCGCCAUGCCCAUAACGAGAGGGACCUGCGCGCCCGUAUUGAGAAGCCCCAUGGUCGUCUGUUUGCGCUAUAAGGGGACGCGAAAAAAAAGGAGGAAGGGAAAAAUUAUGUUGGUUGUAUAGAUGGAACGAUAAAAUAAUAUACCCCCGACCCGACCCGAUCCUCUCCCCUCCCCAUUUUUAUCAUGCUAGACGUUCGGAUCGACCACGGGUUCAUGCUGUUCGGAGGUUUUGGGAUGCUAUAGCUCGGCUUGCCUGGCCCUUUGUGUUUUCUUCAAUUCGCGGUGUACAAUUGCUUGAGGUGAUUAGCUAGCCUAUGACAAUAUUGUAUGGUCUUAGUUUACGAUGAGCCAAAAGAGGUAGCUUCCAAGCUACAUAACCUAUUGGUUGUGGUCUUGUUUCUUGUGUGAUGAUUUUGUGAUCUGGUUUGGUAAUA